AUGGACAAGCGUUCGGUGGGAAACUGGUUGGUUGUUGCCGGCCUUGCGCCGUAUAUUCUGUCAAGGGCCACUCAGAAGUGGUGGUUGGACAAUUUGAUGGUGCUGCAAUAUGGGACUGGCGAAUAUCUUGGAGCUAAGGUCGGUGAUUUCAGGAACUUCGCCCACGAUAUCAAGGGCACGGUUUACGUUGUGGACGAGCACAGGUUUCUCAUCAAGGGCUUCGGUUAUGAUGGAACUGCACCCGAUGCUUUCUUCUGGGUGGGAACUGGUGGAACCCCGACUCCACAGGGUACCAUUGUGCCAUAUCCCAUCAGGGAAGAUGGUGACAGAAGCAAGCCAAAGAAGUUGGAGAGAGCUGAUGGACUUGACCUAGUGAUCAAGUUGCCUGAUGGAAUGACUGUGAAGGAUAUCGACUACCUCUCUGUCUACUGUGAAUCCUACACCGUGAAUUUCGGCCAUGUCACCAUUCCCAAGAGUCUGGACCCUCCCAAGGAGACUGUUGUGGACGGGUUUGCCACCAGGCGCAACAGUGUCAAGUCAGCCAGUGCCACAGUGGUGGAUGAUGCCACCAUCGUGGUGCCCAGAUUUAGUUAUGAUGGCAGAGCCUCAGAGGCGCAUUUCAUUGCUGGCAAGGGAGACACUCCAUCCAUUUCUGGGGACUAUGUCAUCAUCCCUGAUGAGCAGGGCAGAAAAACUCCAUUGAGACAGUAUCAGUCUGAGGACAUCACCCUGCAGAUCCCUGAAGGACACAGCAUCAGGGAUUUCAAUUGGCUGGCAGUGUACAGCAAGGCAUCAGAUGAAGACCUUGGUCACAUCACUCUGCCUCUGACUCUGAAUGUGCCUCCUUCUUUGAAGAACAUGAAAGCAUGUGAUGGACAGCGUGGAGUGUGUCCAGACACCAGAUUGCAAGGGGAGAAUGAUGCAGAGUAUCUCUCUGGAGACUUGCAAGAUGGCGUCAUGGUCUUCACCUACAGGCGCCCUCUGGCAGCAGGAGAUGGCAGGUGGGACAUGCGCAUCCCUGCAGGCACCACCACUGCUUCCUCUGUCAUUGCUGCCAUUGGCUCUCUGAAUGACCAAAAGGAGGCCAUGUACCAUUCCAGCUCUAGGACUGGCAGGAGACCGUCUUGGGGCAUUGCUUGGUGGAUCAAUGGGCAGCUCAUCCCAGAGAUCUUUGUUGAACGUGGGAAGACCUACCACUUCACUGUGGAGGGUGGGGAUGACGAGGAGAACCCCGCGAGGUCUCAUCCAUUCUACAUCACUUCCUCGCCCUCUGGCGGCUACGGGCAAAAGUCCAAGCCCGAGCAGGAUGAAGAAAAGGUCUAUGCUGGUGUCAGACUCGGCAGCAGUGGACUGAUUGAACCCACGGGCCGAGGAAGACUGUGCGAGUAUGUCCCAAGAACCCCGGGGAAGAGUGCCGACGAGUACACGACGUUCGAGGACUACAAGAGUGACAUGAAGCUGGACUGUGCCCCCACUGGCAGGGCGGGCCAGCUGACCUGGACCGUGUUGCCCGACACGCCCGACGAGGUCUACUACCAGUGCUACACGCACAGGAACAUGGGCUGGAAGAUCCAUGUGAUGGGUGCCUCGUCAUCUGAGACCCCUGCAACUGGCAGCAGCCAGUCUGCGAAUAAUGGAGGUGCCAGUACAUUCUUCUCCUCCUCCUCAGCAACAGUCAUCCCUGUGACACUCUUGUUGACUCUGGUCAUGUUGAAGGUUACUGUCUUCUAAGAGGAGAAAGAAGGGAAAUUCUCCCAAUCAUUCAGCAAAGGUUUCUUUAAAAUGCCAGGGAUAUUUCAAAAGUGAGUGAGAGAUGAUUGUAUCCUUUUUACAAAUGAUUUUUUUUUUUAAGUAAUUUACCAGGGUGGGAUUCCAAGUUAAAUUCAUGCGGAUGCAGUUGAGCUUGUGUUUGUUUGUUGGUUUGCUGCUGGGGGGAAUGGAAAAGCAGAUUCUUGCCCAAAUGGUUCAAUCACUCAAGUUUUCCAUGGUGGUGAUCAAGUCUUGCGUAUAUAUAUAUAGAGAGAGAAUCUUGAGACAUUCCUUGUGAAACUGAAGCUUUCCAUUUGAUGUAUGAGUUUAUAUAUUAUAUGUACUGUAUAUGUCAGACCUUUUUUUUUAAUCUUGGAGAUUACUAUAGUUUUUUAAUCCUUGAUUGUGGUUGUUCUUUAUUGGAAUAAUGCAACAGUGAGUGAGAAAAAAAAAGACUUUUUGGAACUCAUUCGUCCGCGCGGGUUUUUGAGCAAGGUUCAUGGAUACCAGGAUGUUUUUGCUUGUACUGUAUUUGGCAACCAGGGCAAUUAAAAUAUGUUUAACAAA